CAGUUUCCAUGGAGAUGGAAGAUGGCGCCCAGAAGCCGCCAGCUCUCCUCUACACCGCUGGAAAUCCUGCUCUUCCUCAAUGGAUGGUAUUAUGCCACUUACUUCCUCCUGGAGAUCUUCAUAUUCGUCUAUAAAGGGCUGCUGUUACCAUACCCCUCUGCCAACCUGGCCCUGGAUCUGGUCAUGCUCUUCCUCUAUCUCGGCAUUGAAGUCACUCGGAUAUUUUUUGGCUCCAAGGGGAACCUGUGCCAGCGGAAGGUGCCGCUCUCCAUCAGCCUGGCCUUGACAUUCCCGGCGGCAGUGAUGGCGGCCUAUUACCUGCUCCUGCAGACCUACGCCCUCCGGCUGGAGGCCAUCCUCAAUGCCAUCCUGCUGCUCUUCUACGCCGUCGAGCUGCUCCUGGGCAUCCUCACCCUGGCCUCCUUCUCCAGGGUGGACUCAUACUAA